AUGAUGGAAGAGUCGAGAAAGGGGAAGACCAUUAGGUCGGCUUUUGAUAGCACUACAUUUGAUGCAGAUGUGUCUAUUCAUGUAGACCGAAAAGUCGGAUCCGCUACUAUAUCUCCUUCCGGACGCGACGUUGCUUUAGCCUCAACCGAUGGCUUAGACAUAAUUGAUCUUGAUUCCCCUCUCAAUCCCCCGCGACAUCUUCGACAUGGCCUACCAUGGCUUGUGGCUGACGUUCAAUGGUGCCCUUUCGCAGUUCGCGACUACUGGGUGGUUAGCACUGCCAAUCAGAAGGCUCUUGUCUGGAAUUUGAACAUGCAGGAGGACGCUUCUCAUGGCGCAAUUGAACACACACUCCAUGGGCACACAAGAGCUAUUACCGACAUAAAUUUCUCGGCAUAUCAUCCUGAUAUCCUGGCAACAUGUGCUGUUGAUGGAUAUGUACAUUGUUGGGAUCUACGUAGACCACGGCAACCUGUUCUGAGCUUUUGUGAUUGGUUUGCUGGUGCAACACAGGUUAAAUGGAGCCGUCAGGAUUCGCAUAUCUUAGCUUCAUCGCAUGACCGAUGGUUACGGAUCUGGGAUGACAGGAAAGGCGCUGUUCCGUUAAGGUCCAUUAAUGCACAUGAAUCAAAAAUAUAUGGCAUUGAUUGGAAUCGUACCCGUGCCUCAAGCUUAGUCACUUGCUCUUUGGAUAGAACAAUUAAAUUUUGGGAUUAUGAGAACGAAUCCGAUAUCCCAGAGCGCACUAUACAUACUGGAUUCCCAGUCUGGAGAGCUCGACACACACCUUUUGGUUGGGGAAUCUUAGCUAUGCCCCAGGACACUCCCGGAGACCUUCAUCUCUAUGACCGGCGUAUCACGGGUGAUAACUCUACCGACACUAUCACGGAAGCAGUUAUUACCUUUCCAGGGCAUGGAAAUUCAAAAGUCAAAGAAUUUCUCUGGCGAAGUCGUGGAAGCAUCACAGACGAGGGAGAAGACAAUAGAGAAUUUCAGCUAGUUUCGUGGGGCGAGGACAACCAAUUGAAAAUGCAACAUGUAGACCAUGACACACUUGAGGGAGUUGGUUAUGUAAAAGGGAAAAAAGUACACGGAAAGCUCAAUCUCACACGUAAAGGAGCAGUCUACAAAACCUUUCGUCCUCGACCUGGUAGUUCUGGUCUUAAGUUGAGUUCGUUUAGUGUUGGGAUGAAAAAGAUGACCUUGCCUCACACAUCCCGUACUCAUACCGCAAUCCGCGCCCCUGCCAUGCGAGGAAAGGAAAAGGCAGCGAAGCAAGAAGACCUAAAUCAGUCUCAGAUUGGCUGGAUGAGCGGAAUCAAGUUCUCGAAACCUGAUAACGGAUCAAUGCGGCGUAAGCGAUCAUUGUCGAGAAGAUUAUCUUUGCUGAGUCCUGAAUUCGAAGAGGAUGGUGAUUGGGACGAGCCGGAGACUUUGCACGAUGAGAUUAUACGCAUCAAUGACCAGCUUCCAAAAAUUACAUUUGAUGGCGUUGAUAUGGAUAAAAGGACAGUCGUUGUUUCCAUGAAUGGACCAUGGGGUGAAAAUGGUACACCAAUUUAUAUCAAGACAACAAUCACCUUUCCUGACCAGUAUCCGGAGACCAAAGCCCCCACCUUUACACUUGGCAGAACGUCCCUUAUGCCCGAUGAAACCUACAAUAAACUUAGAAAAGAAGUACACCAAAUUGCAGCAAGUUUUUUAAGUCGUAAGCAAGGUUGUCUGGAAGCUGCUCUAUGUUAUUUGCUUGGCGAGGUUGAUCUUGAGACUAGUACUAUAUUUUUUCAUGACAUAGAUGAUUUAGACGAUGACGAUUUGGAUGGUCUUGCGGACGAAAGCUCAAGUGAUGAAGAGGAUAGUGAUAUUCCUCCAGGUGCUUCGGCAAUGAUGUCUCAAGAGCUGGAUUCCAGUGUUACGGCGGAAACGAUCAGCAUACCACGAAAUGUCAAUGUACCACUACCUAGACUUUGCGGUGCUCGAUUUGCAAUGAACGGCAAGCUUGUUUGUUUCUUUCCACCAAAAGAAGAUAAAGUGAAGUCUUUGCUCGAGAAAAUCACCGACUCCAGAAAUUCCCGACCGAGAGGCGAACCUAAUUUUGAUGCCUUUGGUAGAUUGGCAAACAACAGUUCACCCCAACCACGCAUUAAGGCUACGUCAAUGACUGAAGAUAGUAAAGCCGAUUCUGAGGUAUCAGACGAAUAUGAUUCUUCAAACAGCAGCGAUACUGAUUCUUCGCAAUUCCGUAUUACUAGAUAUCCUGCAAUGAGAGAGUACUGGCGUCGAUCGAAUCGUCGAUUUCCUCUGAGAGGAUCGCCAACGAUAAUGUCCCAAAGGUCCGGUGGAACCGGAACCGGAAUCGGUACAGGAACUGGAACCAAUACAGCCACCGGAGCUGGCUUUAGUAGGGUACGAUCUGUGAAGCCCAAGAACAUCAUAUCAUUGUGUGAUGUAAAUGAUCUUCUUCCUGCAAAGGUUUACCUUGCAGAGGAAUAUACCAUCUUUGGUAACGGUCCGUAUCUUUGCGAACAUAAUGCAAGUAUUGCUGACAAGUACGGUCACUCUAAAUUGGCUGAUGUAUGGAGAUAUGCUGCUAUGCUGCUACACAAUGAUAUACCUCUGGAAGUUCUCGAACAAAGCCAACGCCGUGAGCCUGUGCUAGUAAUAGCUGAGAGCAUGGCAAAGAGACAUCGUCGUGAUAGCGGCUCAGACAGUGGUAUCGAUGUAUCUCACGAUAAGCACCGUAGACGUGGCAGCUUCUCUGGUAGAGUCAAGUGGGGAAGCAGUCCUCUUGCCAAGCAAUUGAUUGGAGACCUCUUCGCGCACUUUGAAGAGCUUCGUGACAUUCAAAUGCUUGCAAUGCUAUCUUGUGUAUUUAGCGAGCCGAUUCUUUCUGGUGCACCAUCGCAUGCGAUAAAUGCCGGUGCUGGCAUGUCUCAGCCGCAGACACCUCUUUCUAUGAAAACACCUGCGUUUUCUGUUGAUUAUUUCCCAAAUAACGGCGCAGCUUGGAGUAUGUAUCAAAAGACUCCAGUAGAUUCUGCUGUAUCAACACCAAAAUUAGUCAACACGCCCUCUGGAAUCUUUGGGUCUAUGGGAUCUUCUACCGGCGCUUGGGGCAGUGACCCUGCUUCGGCAUCGUAUUCUUGUGGUGAAACCCCCCCUCUAAGGUCAAAUAGGGGAAGCUCGGAAAAUCUUCCUCAACAUACUCAAAGUCUGUCGACUUCUCCAGAAAACCCGAGAACCUUCCGACGUGGAAAUUCGAGUCUUGCAUCAAGUUUUGCUGCAAACUUUUCGCGUCCAUUUUCUAUGACUGCGUCAUCUUCACCACCAAACCCACCACCAAGUCGGAAACGACCUAGCCCAGUUGAACACAUGUUGAGCUUGGCUCCUAGUGCUAUUACUUGGGGAAAUACAACAGUACUCGGCAGCGUAAAAGAACGAGUUGGUAACGAACAAAUGGCGUUUUCGGAUGAUGAAAGCACAAUGGAUGAACUCAAACCAAAGGUUUGUAUCGGGAUCAAGAUGACAUUGGAAAAUCAAAAUGGGUUUGACGAUGAAGGAUGCAUGGGGACGACACUUUUGGAUAGUAACCACACGGCUCGUCACAUGAGCUAUCGUCAAGCCUACGCCGAACUGCUUUAUUGUUGGGGGCUCCCUUUGGCUAGAUUAGAAAUCUUAAAGUAUGAUGGACUAAGGAGUCAUACUUCUGAGAUGGAUAUUCCCGACAAUAAGUCAUUCGCUGCUUCGAUAAUGUCUAAUGAUAGCCAUACUGUGAUCCACGAGGCAUCGCCUCCAUCUCAAAUAGUUCUGGGUAAAAAGGAUAUCCAUGCCUCAUCGACUGAUCAAGGUCUAGACAUUGCGGGUUAUUGUCUCAAGCACGAAGCACGUCUGGAUCCCCUCCAUUUAAGUUCUAUCGGCGGUGCUGCCGGACGAUGUGAUCGUUGUAAGACUGUUCAGCGCCAACUUUGUUGCACAAUUUGCACAGAACCUAUUAGCGCGGUAUUCCUACCAUGCUUAUCAUGCGGCUGUGCAACACAUCAGCAUUGUUUAAUUGAGUAUAGAUCCUCCGGUAACAGCGAAUGUCCUGGUGGAUGUGAUUGCGAUUGUGGAGAUAAAGCUAGUAUGGGACUGAUAGAAAGUCUCGGUGUCAUGAUUGAGUUCAUGCGCGCAUUGGAGCGGAAAAAAGCACUUGACAACAAGGAAGAUGUUGAAGAAUGGGAUGUACCAGUGGAGGAAAAAGACGAUUGGGAAAAUGUUAACCUUCCUUUGGGAGACCUAGGCCGGACUCCUUCUACGUUGACUAAGCGAGUUGAACAAGUUAGAAGUAGCGAUUGGAACGUUAAGAAGAAACCGAGUAGUCUGAGAAAGGAGGAAAGUUUCUCAUUUCUUGCUUAA